AUGGAGUUGGACAGACCUGGGCAGCCCCGCGGCAAGGCGGCAGUGGGGGGCGCCGCGUCAAGGCGGCAGUGGAGAGUUGCCCGACACUCCGCAAAUCUGCGUCCUACCCUAAUUGACACCGGGGUCGGACGGACCCCUCCUGCUGCGGCGGCGGCGGACACCGGCGAUGAGCCACGGGACGCGCGUGUCGUGAAGGAAAUCUUGCGUUCGGUGGGGCUUGAGGAAGGGGAUUACGAGCCAGCGGUGGUCCACCAGUUCCUGAGGCUCGCCCACCGGUACGCCGGCGACGUGCUCGGCGACGCGCUGGCCUACGCGGAUCACGCCGGCAGGGCGUCGCUCCAAGAAGACGACGUCCACCUCGCCAUCCGCUCCAACGCCACGUUCGGCCACGAGCUGCCGGGGCGCGAGGUUUUUCUUGAAAUGGCUCAUAGCUGGAACAAAACCCCUAUACCCAAGCCCCCUCCCAGAUCAAUCUGUCUACCACAUGACCAAGACAUGAUGCUGGGACAAAAAUACUUGUGCAUUCCACAAAUGAAGCCACCGUCUGAUAAUGUUGAGGGAACCAAGAACGACAACACCGGUGAAAACUUCAAUCCUAAAGUUGCUUCUCCCAGUUGCAACAAUGAAGAUCAAACUAGUAGUAGCCGUGAACAAUAUUCUAAGAGAAUUCCCUCCCAACUCAAUGCUAUGGCCGCUAGGGCAGCAAGGUGAUGUAUAAUGAAGAACAGAAGAUCCAAAA